AUGUCUGCUAUCAUGUUGAAAGGUCUUGCAGAUGUAGCAGAAAAAUGUGUUAGGACUGACAAAGGAUUCAAGGAGGCCGAUAAAAUGAAAGUUGCAAAGGCUUUGACUGCUUUUGUUGGUUAUGAUGUGAGUAACACCCAGGUGCACAAUCAUCUUCGCAAGUGGCGGACUAGGUGGCAAAGAAUUGUUCAUCUCCUUGGAUUAAGUGGUGCACUUUGGGACGAUGACAAGAAAAUGAUAGUGCUAGAAGAGCAACACUAUUUAGGCCACACUCAGGACCAUCCAACGGAUGCUGAAUUACUGAACACACCGCUUGAGCACUACAAUUAUAUGGAACUUUGCUUCGCUGAUAAGCUCGCCACUGGGAGGUUUUCAAUGGGCUCUGGUGUGCCAUUGGGAAAACCUGUUGAUGUGGAGGGCAAAGGAAAACCCAUUGUUGUGGAGGGGCAAGGAACAAGUGGCGAGGGAUUUGUGAAUGGUCCUGUUGGGGCUGAGUUCGUAUUUGUUGGUGCUAGUGAAACUAAUGAUCCUUCUCCUAGUACAACUAAGAAGAGGAAGAGGACAUCUGUUAUGACUGAAGAAGACUCAAUCCAGGUUAACAACAUGUCUGAUGCUGUGCGUGAGAUUGCAAGUGCUAUCAACAACACAUGUCAUACCGAAACACACCCUGAGUUGUACAAGGCUGUAAUGGACCUUGUUGAGUAUGAUCUCGCUAAGCGGUUGGCUGUUUUAGAUUAUCUGACCAAACAUAAGGGAAAAGACCUUAAUUUUGUGAAGAUGGAUGAGAAAGUCUGA